AGGUUCAGUGAACCGAGGAGGUAGGACUUGAAAACUCAACAUUAGCAGUAGAAAGUUGAGUGCGACUCAGUUGAGCGGAAGUGGAAGCAAGAGCGAAAAACUUGAGUGCGCAACAGGUGUCAGCUUUUUGUUGACUACGUGUUAGAAAGAUUUAACGCGGUUUGGAUAGCGGGGUUAAACGUUGUCGUCGGUUAAGAAAAAGAAUAACAACAUGUCAAACCUCCGACCCAGACUGUGUCUGCUGGAGAAAGGAUCCAGCGGCUACGGCUUCCACCUGCACGGAGAGAAGGGGAAAACCGGGCAGUUUAUCAGGCUGGUGGAGCCCGAUACUCCCGCCUCCGCCGCCGGGCUGCUCGCUGGCGACCGCCUGGUGUUCGUGAACGGGGAGAGAGUGGAGGGAGAGAGCCACCAGCAAGUGGUCGUCAGGAUACGAGCUACCGUCGGGGCUUUGGAGCUUAUCGUGGUGGACGCCGAAACGUCCGAGCUGCUGAAGAAACACAACCUCCAGUGCCAGAAAGAGUUCGCCACGGAGGGGAUUCCUGUGCCCGGCGGGGACAGCGACUCAGACCGAGUAGAAGGACAGAGCAACGGCACUCCGGUCCAGCGGGAGAACGGGGAUGCUACUUCAGAGAGGUCGGCGAGGUCGAGUGUGAGCUCCACCACCAAGCAGGAGGAACUAGGCGGGCUGCGGCCUCGUCUCUGCCUCAUGAAGAAGGGGACCGGAGGCUACGGCUUCAACCUGCACAGCGAGAAGUCCAAACCGGGUCAGUUCAUCCGAGCUGUGGACGAAGACUCUCCGGCACAUAGAGCAGGCCUCAAACCACAGGACAAGAUAGUCCAGGUGAACGGUUCAUCAGUGCUCAGUCUGCAGCACUCAGAGGUGGUGGCAGCCAUUAAGUCUGGUGGAACUGAGACCACACUGCUGGUUGUUGAUGCUGAAACUGAAGAAUUCUUCAAGAGAUGUGGCGUCGAACCCUCCGAGGAGCACGUCACCGGGCCUCUUCCUGAACCUGAAUCACGCAGAGCAUCAGUGGAGAAGGAGGUGGAGGCAGCAGAGAUGAAGCCCAAAGUGUCUGUGAGCUCGUCAGCUUCCAGUGCCUCCUCCACCUCCUCCCUGCCUGCAGCCACCAGCAGCUCCACACCUCCUCAGGUUGAGAAAGCCCCGGAGCCGGCCCCAGCCCCGGCCCCGGCCCCAGCCCCAGCCCCAGCCCCAGCCCCAGCCCCAGCCCAGGGGACGGACGGCCUGGGUCUGAGCAUGUCAUUGGCUCAGGCCAAAGAGAAAGCCCGCCAGAAACGAGCCGCCAAGAAAGCCCCCACCAUGGACUGGAGCAAGAGGAACGAACUGUUCAGCAACUUAUAAUCAUCAUCAUCGUCGUCCAUCUAUCAUCAUCAUCAUCAACAACCCCACCUGCCUCCUCCAGACUCGACUGCACUGCCCUCUCCAGGUGUCUUCUGUUUGGAUCGGGCUCUGAUGUCACACGUCAUGAAAGACACUGUUG